UGGGGUAGCACCGCUCUACUUAAAGGUACCAGUUACCUGGCAUAAGCCUGUCGGCUGGGGAUGAUGGGGUCAGAUCACACACCGACAUGAUCGUGAAUUACUUUCUUGAGUGUUAUUCCCUGAAAUGUUCAGCGUGAUAUACUAUGUACAAUAGGUACACAACAGCUUAUACAGGUUAUCAGACAAUACGAAGGGGAGGGGGGUAUGAAUCUUACCACCAUGAAUUAAAUAUUAUUAAGCUGCCAACCCUCUCAUUUUUAUCCGUCUUCCUUCACGUAAUAAUUUCUUUCUCUAAACCACAUCCUUUGUUUCUCCAAUUCUUCACUGAUAUCUAUCCGAAGCCCUCUCAUCUAGGCCAUGAGAUAGACAAAUAUUCAAAAAUGGAUCCUUCAUUAUUCAGGACUCUCGUCCAUGUUGAGCCUAACUCGAACCUACACGAUGAACACCCCCUCCCUGUACCGCCGCGGAGAGUAAAGUCCAGAACGUAUCCGGCGGUCCCUCAGCAAGACUCCAUCGAGCUGGAGCCUCUUAGGCACCAUCCCAACAACGCGGGCGCCUCUAGCGCUUCGGGGCCUGCUACUCCCAGAGAGGAGAAUGACGUCGAGAUGAGCGCCCCCGGAACGCCAGCCGAGCCGGCCGAAAUCUUCGAAGCUCUCCCGACUCUGAAAGAUCCGCCCAUGAACAAGUUCCGCUUGGCCGCCUGUUGUUUCCAAAACUUCGUCGGUGGGUUGACUGAUUCGGCACCCGGGGCUCUAAUUCCUUACAUGGAAUCUCAUUAUAAUAUCGGAUACUCCGUAGUAGCUCUCAUCUUCAUCGGAAAUGCUCUGGGCUUUAUUAUGGCCGCGCCCUUUGUCGACCAGAUCCGCCAGCGCCUCGGGCGAGCUAGGACCAUCGCCUUAGCGCAGCUCUCCAUGGUUAUCGGCUGUGUCCCCCUGAUUUGCGCUGCGCCCUUCCCCGCGGUAGCGAUUGCCAAUUUCUUCAUCGGUUUCGGUCUUGCCGUCCAGUUGGCCAUAGGUAACGUGUUCUGCGCGAACCUGGCCAACAGCACGACCAUCCUCGGGGCGUUCCAUGGAAGUUACGGUAUUGGAGGUACGAUUGGACCCCUGGUCGCUACGUCGAUUGUGUCUACCGGUGCCAUCUGGAGCCGGUUCUACCUCUUGACGCUCGGCAUUAUCAUUUGGAAUGCCGGCUUCUCCACUUGGGCUUUUUGGAAUUACGAGAAGGAAAUGAGCAGUGGCGAGCCGAACGCCGUAUCGGAGACCAACUCUCGUGGUAUGGAACACGUGCCGGCCGUGCUGAUUACUUUCAAGUCCAAGGUCGUUCUCCUAGGGGCCAUAUUUAUCUUCGCGUACCAAGGAGCCGAAGUGUCCAUCUCGGGAUGGGUUAUCUCCUUUUUGAUCUCCACCCGCAACGGUAACCCUUCGUCCGUUGGUUACGUGACGUCGGGUUUCUGGGCUGGCAUUACGCUCGGGCGGUUCGCACUCUCGCCUCUCGGCUCCAAGGUCGGGGAGAAAUUGUUCGUUUACAUCAUUGUGGCCGGAGCUGCCAUCUUCCAGUUGCUGGUCUGGUUAGUCCCUAAUAUCAUCGGAGAAGCCGUAUCCUUGGCCAUUGUCGGGCUACUUCUCGGCCCUGUCUACCCUUGUGCUGCCUAUAUCUUCACGCGUAACCUCUCACGCCGCGAGCAGGUUAGUGGGAUGAGCGUCAUUAGUGCCUUUGGUAGUUCUGGUGGCGCCGUCGCUCCAUUCACUACCGGUCUUUUGGCAGAAGCCGCUGGCACGUUCAUCAUGCAUCCCAUCGCUAUCGGGUUGUUUAUGGUCAUGCUACUAUGCUGGUUCGGCCAGCCUGGAGUUAGGAAGAGGGCAGAGUAGCGAGUUUAUGCCACUACUAUAAACUACCUCUUACAUACUAUACGUAGAUGAAUAUAACGGCGGUAGAUUAACUUUAGGGCGAAGCAGGCAAGGCGUCUUUUGUCUAGGUAGGCAGAUAUCCGGGGAAUCGUAUUGGUUUGGGUUUUCGAAAAUAUGCUGUUCCUCCCACAACGGGUUUCAUGACUACCUCACAUAUGAAUUAGCCUUGCUUAUUGGUUAUUGAUAUUUAUCGUCUCUAAAGGUCUAUCCGGAAAAGUCCUUAUAACCGAAAUAUAACUUUAUAAGCCAAGAAUAUUUUGCAACCGUCGGCUUAACAUAUAAAAGCAAGGAGUCUUUGAACAGCUCGUAACA